AUUUAAACUAGUUUAACCGAAUUAAAACUACUUUUAAAGCUAGGCGUACGUUCGAGUAAAUGCGUUCGUGUAGAAAUUAAUUCGCUAUAGCUUUCAAAUGAACAUCUGACGGCAUGGUUAAAAUGGCCUCAACAGAAGAGCAGGAUAGGAAAAUAGUACUGGAGUUCUGCCACCUGUUGGAGAAGUCGAAACAGCUAUUCAACGGGCUGCGCGAUCUCCCCCAAUACGGACAUCGGCAGUGGCAGGCAUACUUUGGGCGCACCUUCGACGUGUACACGAAGCUGUGGAAGUUUCAGCAGCAACAUAGACUAGUCCUAGAUUCUAAGUACGGAUUAAAGCGAUGGCAAAUCGGUGAAAUAGCUAGUAAAAUUGGACAACUCUAUUAUCAUUACUAUCUUAGAACGAGUGAAACAAAUUAUCUCAAUGAAGCAUAUUCGUUUUAUUCGGCAAUCAGAGGGCGUGCUUACUACUCCCGGGCAAUCAAGGAGGACCGGCCGGAUCUGAUGGUUAAGAAAUUACGUUACUACGCUAGAUUUAUUGUUGUUUGUUUACUGUUGAAAAAGAUGAAGCUAGUGAGAGAAUUAGUUAUUGAAUUAGAGCGACAAAUACAGGAAUACACGACAACCUAUGAACCCGAGGAUCAGCUCGAGUGGUCGCUCGUGUUGGACGAAAUCAAGGGAUUCAUCAAAGCGGAAGCAGCAGUCGCUGUACUUCAUGCAGACACGAAUCCCAUCGUAUUGUCCCACAGUGGUUCUGGUUCUAGGUUAAGUCCACUGACGACGCCCCCCUGCGAGAGGACGCCGCACAUGACGCUCAGUCUACAGGAGAUACUGAUCGUGGGGUCCGCCUGCGAACAAGCCAAGUUCUCAGAGCUAACGAUGGAUAUGUUUAGAAUGCUGCAAACAUUAGAACGAGAACCAACCGAAUCGAUGCAUCCCCUAGCGGGUCAUCCAAUGGUUACACAUGGUGGACCGCAUGAUGCCAGUCCUGCAGCCAGUAGGAUGCCACCAUAUGGAGUACCGGGGUCCAAAGGAUACGUGGAAAAUGGCGAUCGUCGAGGAAUGCGUGAUAACCCACAUAAAUAUCUGCUGUAUAAACCAUCGCUCAGUCAACUCAUGGUGUUUCUAUCGAGUGGAUUCAAAGAACUACCACCUGGUGGAGCUCUUCUGCUAUACAUGUCAGCUGAUGGAUGUUUCUCGACUACGAAGCAUCCACAGGAUUAUGGUUACGAGUUAGGAGGACUGGCGACAAGCGUUAAACGCGAUGCCGUUGACGGUGGGCUGGCAGUGAGGGGAAAGUCUAGCUCUGGUUAUAAAGAACCACAUUGUCUCUACCCGGGAGACUUGUAUCCAUACACGCGAAGACCACUGUUUAUAAUAAUCGAUUCUGACAACUCGUUUGUAUUCCAGCACAUACCAAGGUAUUUUGGUCAGCCACUUGUGAUAUUGAUGUCACCCCAGGAUGUUCCUGCGAAUUUCCAAGGUAUGAAUUUGCAACAUCAUGGUUCACUCUUUACUCUGUUUCUUCACUCUCCGAUGACUGCUCUGUGCUACAUCUGCAAUGUUGGUGAUGUCCCGAUUCACCACUGGGAGCGGUGUCAAAACUAUGUCGAUCGAUUUGUGACGGAAGCAUCACGGUUAGUAACAAGAUGUCGGAUGGACGAAAUAGAACAGGGUAUAGGGUACAUCGAUUCAUCCUAUGUACAGUUUUUCGGGGAUGACUUUUUGCGUACGCUCAUACUACGGUUUGUAUUUUGUGAUGUAACUUUGCGAUUACACCGAGGCUUCCGGGGUCGACAUCAGCGGCCACGAUGUGAACCUGCCCUACCGAGUGCGGAACUGUUGGAGCAUCCAUCCUUAGCUCACAUUAUCCUGCAACUAGCUUCGGCGUUAGAUGUCAGAGGACAUUUUGUCGAGGGUCCCGAAGGCGAUUGAUGGAGGAGGUCCUUAGAUCGCAAUGUCGCCGACGAACCUAGCCGAACCAAUGGAAUCAGUUACGACUUAUUGCUGCUGACGCUAUUGUUGGUGGCAAGGGGGCAACAAUUGCGACGUGAAAUUACUGGUAAGCAUGAAACUUCCAAUGCCUGUUCGGUGGAAUGCGGCAGGAUUGUGUUCAAACUAUUCAAACCCGUCAUUAGUGAAGCGACCGAUGGUGGUGGUGAUCGUAUGAAAUGUUGUCACGAGUUGCAGUGCUACGCUAGAACGCUUUUUAUGAUUUGAGCAUAAUCAGCCGACCAUGGAAUGAAGUGCAUCGCACCUUAAUAAA